CCAACAAGGACCUACUAUAAAAAAAUAGAAAUUUAAAAAUUAAAAAAAAAAUUCUCAAGCCUACCUCCACCUCCAUUUCUUCUGGGACAUGGCAACCUGAGGAAGGAGGCCCUGCUCCUGGAACUCUUCUGGGGCUGGUUUUGUGUCUCAUUUCUGUCUCCACAGUGCCCGGUGCUACCUCGACCACAUCACUUACUGUCUGACCGUCAUCCAUGAACUCUUGGAGAACCAGGACUAUGUUUGGAUCAUCUUUGUAUCCCAGGGCGCAGCCGCGGCUACUUUGCAGCGGGUUCGGGCCAGGCCCAGCCUGCGGCGGCAACAGCGGGUCUCGGACCGACCGUGAGCCUGGGGAGUUUGUCUCCAACGACUGCGGGUGCAGCGGCCUGAGUUCUAAGCGCAGCCUGACAGAGGCACAUGGGAAAUGGAGAUAUACAGAUGCCUACAUAACUAACGACAAAGGCCACCAUGGACACCGAACUCCAACCUGGUGGGUCACAGGUUCCACUCUGACCUUGUUUGUGAACACCUCUGGUCUGUUUAUUUUAUGUGGCAAUAAGAUAUAUAAAGGGUUCCCACCUAAAUGGUCAGGGCGAUGUGGACUUGGCUACCUGGCACCUUCCCUCACUAGUUAUCCCACUUUAAAUGCUAGCUGGAUUACAAACCUGGGCUCCUUCAGGCAUAAAGUAGCACCAAGUAGACGCAUCCAACCAGACAUUGUAGGCAAGCCACUCAUGUAUCGCAAUACUGACUCAGUAAGGACCCUUUUUCCAAGCUUGAAAACUUCUGAUUUAGAAGAAGCAAUUCUGAACAUUUCCAAAGUCAUGGAACAAGGAUUCACUGGCACCCCGCAGACCUUGAAAGCACAUCCGUCAGGGGUUAGCAGUUUCGCCUCUGUGCUCUGA